GCUGCGCAGAGGCGCCCGCGGCUGCUAUAAAGGCGGCCCCGCGCAUGCGCCCGCCCCUCGGUCAGGUGACGGGAAGCGGCGGCGGCGCUGAGGGGCGGCGAUGGAGCGCUACGACAGGGCGGCGCUCGGCGGCCUGCCCGCGCCCGAGCUGAGAAAUGAGGGUUCAUUAACAUCAACUUUAAGAACACUUCUGUUCUUCACAGCUCUAAUGAUCACAUUGCCUGUUGGGCUGUAUUUUUCAUCAAAGGCUUAUAUAUUUGAAGGUACCUUAGGAAUGUCCAACAGAGACAGCUAUUUUUAUGCUGCCAUAGUUGCUGUAGUUACUGUUCAUGUGGUACUUGCUCUGUUUGUGUACGUAGCGUGGAACGAAGGUACUCGACAGUGGCGGGAAGGCAAACAGGACUGAAAAGAAAAUCGUCAUCUGAUACCUACAGACUGUACAUACAAUUUUUGCAGGUUGAAUGAAAAACAUUCUUCAAAAUGUAUAAUACUUGUGUACAAAGAUGAGGCUAACGUCUCAAUUCUGUUCAAUUACAGUAAGACUUGUGCUUGUCCUGGAUGUGUAGCAAUAUUUUGUCAGAUGCUGAUGGAAGUUGUACGUGGCUGUAGCCAGCUUCUACUAGCAUGAGCCAAGGAGGUCUUUACCUGAAAUCAGAAUGAAGUAAUGACUUAAAAAAAAAAAAUCAUGUAACUAUUUUUGUCAUUCUCUAGUGUUUUCCUGGCCUUUUGUGAGAAUAAUAUUGGCAUGAAACAAGCAUUACAUUUUCAAGUAACUGAAUUGCUACUUAAAAGGCAAUAUAUCUAACUUGCUGUCCCAUUAAAUUCAAGAUGGGAUUUCUUUGCUGUAGGUAGUUUCCCCACUUAUGAGACAUACAGUCCAGCAGUGCAUUCUUCUGUGCUAAUUCCUCAGGUUACUUUCCUCAUGUGAGAUUACUUUGUUGGCAGAGGUGGAAUAAAGGUGGUAACUGAGUUGGCAGCUGUUUGCAGUGCUGCACUGGGCAUUAGCUUUUUACCUUUAGGAACUGAAAGAUGUCAGAAAAGCUGAGUAUGUUCUCUGAAAAACUCAUUAAGGAGCAACCUCCAAAGUCUGUUGAAGUAUUCUGACUUUCUUCUCACCACUGUACAGUGCUGCUUUCUGACGUCUGUAAUUCACUUUGUUCAAAUUACAGAUAUUCAUGCCGGGUGAAUAGGUUAUUUAAAAAGUAAUGCAUGGUUAAUGUGCUCAGUGAUCCUAAAGUGCAGUUACAAUUUGAGUCAAAAUACUAGACAAGUUUUGUCUUCUAUUAGGGGAAAUGACACCUCAAGGAAGGGAAAAAAAUAGUAAUUUUGAGUUUAGAAGUAAUUACAACAAUAGAACUGGUUAGGAAUUCAUAUGUUGUAUUCCUAAUUUGGAAUGUUCACUUUAUCUCAUCUUCAAAUACAAUUUUUGAUCAUGGUGUAAAAUUUAAUUUCUUAAUUUGCUUUUGUAAUGUUUUGGGAGCGAUUAUCUUAGUGCCGUGCUCACUCUUUCCACUCUUCAACAAUUAAUUUUGAUGAAGCAAAAGAAAUGGCAUAAUAUAUUUUUACGUCCUUACUUCUGUGUAUGUCCUUGAUAAUUGCUGAAGGAUGUGACUGGAUUGCCUGUGAUGAAGGAACAACAGUAACAGCUAUAACCCAUGCAAAUGGGCUGUAGAGAAACAAGCGAGAUGUAAGGGAGAAAACAAGCUGUAGCCAUCUGUACGUGUCCUUUAUGAAGCAGAACACAAGUGAUUAUAUUAUGGCAAAUUUGCUUCUCUUCAUAAAUACAAACUUGUACAGGAUGGAUCAAUGCAAUAUGUUGAUCUCUUUUCCCUCAGUUGUGCCUGGAAACUUUCUGUAGUAAAACCAUGGUGAAAGUUGUGUUACAGAAUAAUAAGCUGAAUUUCAUUCCUCUGUUGUGCUGUGUUAGCAGGCUACUUAAUCUGCACAUAAAAGGUUCUAGCAAUGCGCAGAACUCUGCUAAUGCUGUCGAUUGCUUUUAAGCUAUUGUACUUGUGGUCUUUCUGUUAAUUUGAGUUUUCCAGUUUGUUGUAUUAGUUGAGCAUUUUUGGAAGUGUCUUGCUUAAUAGAGGACUUAGAAUGAUUUUGUUGCUACAUCUGUCUUUUGUAAAACGUACCCAUAAAUGAGACAAAUCAGGUAUCCAUGCGCAGGAGUAGAAGAAUGUGUUCGUAGGGCUCAUUCCUCUUACCUUUGCCCCAGCCGUGUGUGUGUGCAAAAACACACACCAUGUACUAGGAUGUAGCUGAUGCCUUAGCAAAUGAAACCUACAGAGGAUUGUAAUGCUAGCACUAAUCAAUCUUUACAUUAUUUUUUUUUUGGAAACAUUAACUUUUCUUAUCCAGAAGUCCAUUGUUAGGUUGCUGCCAGCGAGCUCAUAGCCCCAAAAUACAAAUUUCAGUAGUUUGUGUGUUACCAUAUUGGCUUCCUGUUCUCCAGUUUAGAGAUGCUGUAGAACAAAUACUGCUUUUUAAUAAGGAACUACCCUGCAAUCCAAGGUCCAAUAAAUAAAUGCUUGUGCUGAAAAAUUUAAGUAAUAUCUUUAAUAAUGCUCAUGAAUAGCACACCUUACAAGUAGAUCAGCUAUGGUAUUGGUCAAUAGCCACGUUCAUUUAUGAUAAAGUAUAAAUGUGGAAAAAGUUGUUCUGUACUAGCUGGAUCUAGUGCUUUAUCUAUUAGAUUUCAUGUACCAGAAUUCUUAGACAUUAAAUUAAUUUUUUAGGAAUACUAAGGAAAUAAUUGCUUAUUAUAAUUAUAACAAAAAUCUAAAGAGUUUGACCAGUGCUGUACAUAUAGCCACUAUAAUAUCUCAGCAACUGGUGGUGGGUAACGAGCUGAGCGUUCAUCCAUCCAUAGGAAGGUCUUUGUGUUUGAAGGUAAUGCUUUAAUCCCCAAUGUUCUCCCUGAGAAGAGGUAAUUCAUGAGUCUCUGGACACUUAUGGACAGUAAUGGUCAUGAACUACUGGGUUUUAUGUUACCUGUGCUUGGAAGAUGAAAACCACUCAGGUAAGUGGUGCAAUGACAGCAGUCAAGCGGUGGAAAUACACCGUGACUGGGGAGCUCAAAGAACAAGAACUGCAGCCUUGUGCUGUAGUGUAUGUGGAAUAGAUGCUCUGCUGGGACUCCUGUUGUGCCUUAACAAUACUAAGAUUUAUUUUAUUUCAAGAGCUUUAUUGCAGUCUCUUUGGGUUGAGUGUUGACUUUCCGAUUUCCUCAUGUCCCUGUUAAUGUCAAAGCUAAUUCUCAUCUUUUUUAUUGUGUAAUGGUCAUUGUGAUUGUUCUAGAGCUUAAAUAAGACUGUUUAAAUGUGGAAACUAAUCAAAGCUGUGGAGUAAUCAAUAUUUUUGUUGUGGUGCUUUUAUUUUCUAUUAAAAUGAUACACCAUU